AUGAUGUUAUUUAGUGUUACCCGUUCUUUGUUGCGUGGUGCUCAGCGAAUAGAUACUCACCGGAACCGUGAUGUGCACCGCUGGGUAGCACCAACACUGCGUGAGCUUCGCCGGCGCCGCGAAAAGAUGGGACCGGAAGCCGAAUUGCCCCGAUCAUCACACUCAGAUUGGAAUUAUAAUGCAGAGAUCUUUGCAUUCGGCAAACGGCUGCAAGAGUCAUUCGAUCCCAACGUCCUACAGCAAGCCUUCACACACCAAUCAUUUAUUGAACAGGAAAUACGCAAACAGGCAGCGGUCGGCAUCGAACAGCCGGUGCUCGGUGUCACCGAUAACCGGGACUUGAUUGUGCAAGGUGAACGUUUGAUCGCAGACAACGUUGAGGCCUUUCUGCUGACUGCACUAUCACGCUUACCGCGGCAGUUCAUCUCUUCUAUACGGGAGGCCCUCACCAGCGAGGCACAACUCGCUCACGUAUCGUCUCAUCUGGGCACGAAGGACAUAAUUAUGGCGGCAGAAUUUCCCGUCGGGGAUGCUUUGAUGGCCUCCACACUCAAAGCCAUUGUGGCCGCAUUACAGCGCUCUUCUGGGGAUGAACGUUGCUUUCUGUUUGUGCGUGAUUUCAUUUGCGGUCAGUUGAAUCAACGCGACCUGUACGAGUACUUGCACAUCCCGGACCCGCUUCGCAUGUUGCAGGAAUAUUGUAAAGAGCGAGAAAUUGCCGAACCCGAACCACGUCUUAUCGGUAAUGUUGGAAAAAACACCCUCCUGGCUGCAUACAACGUUGGCAUUUAUAGCGAUCGUAAGCUGUUAGGAACGGGAUAUGGCGAGAAUCAGAUGACGGCAGUCCAAGAAGCAGCGAGUGACUGUUUGCGGCAGCUAUUCGGUACCGAAGUGCACAUGAAACCAGUUGAUUUCAGACUAACCUUAAAGGAUUGUGCACGCCAUAUGGCACAGCAUACCAGCGGCAAGGUAGAAACGAGACAAUAA